AAUAUGAAGGUUGUGAUCCUCCUGUUCGGUCUGGUCGCCCUGGCUGCUGCCCGCUCCGCCUACCUGUUCUCCGACGGCUACCUGGAAGUGCUGGGCGCUGAACCUGCACGAUCGUUCGAGUGCGCCGGCCGCAACUACGGCUACUACGCGGACGUGCCCACCGACUGCCGGGUAUUCCACGUGUGUCUGCCCAUCUCUGACGACCUGGGCGAGGUGGUCGAGACCGCCCAGUUCUCCUUCUUCUGCGGCAACCAGACGGUGUUCAGUCAGGAGUCCCUCACCUGCUCCCACCCUCUGGAGGCCUUCCCCUGCGAACAGGCCGAGACCCUCUACGACCUCUCCAACGCCGACUUCGGCAAGGUUCCCGAAGAGGGGAAGUAGCUCAACCAAACAUCAUCUGUUUAUUACUCCUAUUCUAAGUCACUAGCAAUAAAUUAGCAUGAUUUCUUAUGCAUAA